GUUGGCAUCGGGAAGAACGAGUGCCCUCGAUACGCCCUUUAACAUAAUGUUUCUCCGUGCCUUCCGAGAUUGGACCUUCGAUACUUUCGAUUUAUAGGUGUCUACGUAAGAUACCAAAAAUAUGGGUGUCUUCGUUAACUACAAGGUUAAUUACUUAAUUAAUGAUGUAGAACAGGCACAGAAAAAAAGUAUCUGCAAAUGUCAAAAAAAGCAAAUAAAACGCAAGAAGUCGUUCCUGAUCAUGUUCCAUUUCCUUGCAAUGUAACAGAUGGUCGGUCGCCGACAGUGCCAAGGUCGGUGCACAAAUUGAGACCGGGUGAUAUUGACGUUAUCGCUGCGAUGGGCGAUUCUCUUACGGCUGGAGCUGGAGUUUUUGCAAGCAAUGUGCUCCAGAUCGUCGUAGAGAACAGAGGAGUUAGCGCGACCGGCGGAGGCCAAGGCACGUGGAGAGAAUAUUUAACUCUUCCCAACAUCCUCAAGGUAUUCAACCCCAAUUUAAUAGGAUAUGCAUUGGGAGACUCUUUGACGACUCACAAACUGUCGCAGUUGAAUAUUGCCGAGUCUGGUGCUGAGUCUGCGGAUAUGAUGUACAUGGCGGAGAUGCUAGUUAAGAAGAUUAAAAACGACCCAAGAAUAAACGUGCAGAAACAUUGGAAGCUUAUCUCGCUACUAAUUGGAGACAAUGACUUUUGCACUGAAAUGUGUUGGAUUCCAUCACCUUGGUCAAUUCUUGAAACACACAAAGCCAAUCUACUUCAAGUUUUGCGAACACUGAGGGAUAAUUUGCCACGGACUUUUGUAUCGUUAAUUCCGCCAGUAAAUUUAAAGGUCUUAGUCAACGCUCUUAAAGGAAGAAGAUCGUUUCCAUGUUUUCUUACAACGGACUUUGAGUGUUCAUGCAUGUUUGGUUAUGCAUAUAGGCGUUUUAGACCAGUAUAUUACGACAUUAUGCAACAAUGGCAGAAGUUAGAUAUGGAAAUCGCUUCUUAUCCAGAAUUCCAAAAAGAUGACUUUGCAGUCGUAGCUCAGCCUAGCCUGUUAGGUUUACAUGUACCACGUGCUUCGGAUGGAUAUGCUGAUAUGACAUAUAUGAGCAGUGAUUGUUUUCACAUUAGUCAAAAGUCUAAUGCUCGAAUUGCAAACAUUUUGUGGAACAAUUUGUUAGAACCAGUGGGUGCCAAAGAUACAAACUUUACAGAGAUUUUCCACAAAUUUAACUGCCCAACGCCAAAGAGACCCUAUUUAGCUACAAUAAAAAAUUCAAAGAAAUAAAAUGUUACUUCUAAAACUGCCGCUGCAAUUCGAAUGAAAAAUAUUGGCACCUAAUAAAACAAAAAAUAGCGUUGUUAAGUCAUAAAUCAUAGCUAUAAUUUGCGCAAUUUUUUAACGGAGUUCCCAGGUAACACGAGUAGAAAGAUACAACUAUAUGCGAAUAAUAUUUGACAAUUCUUCAUGCAUAAUGAAUUAAAUGAAGACGCAUUCUACUAGGAUGUGUAUAAAAUGCUUUUGGCAGACAUUUGUUGAUAAAUUCAUUGUGCAAAAAUUAAAAUAAUUUUGUAGAACACAAAUGUAGCGAAAAAUAAAUAGCGUCUUCAUUUAAUUCACUAUGCAUGAAAAAUUGUCAAAUAUUAUUCGCAUAUAGUUGUAUCUUCCUACUCGUGCUACCUGGGGUUACAGUAUUAUUGUUUAAGUGUAGGAAAAAAAUACAGUGAUAAACUUUUUAUGGAACAAGAACGGAAUUUUUUAAAUAUUGUUUGUCUGCGUCUUAAGAGAAUAGUAAGGGUAAUUAUUUCGACACUGGCUACAUGAUUGCAAAAUUAUCGAGAAAUAUUAAAGAAUUAUAUACAAAAACUAAAA